CCCCACAACCAUAUGGAGUCUCCCACACACAGCCGGCUGCUCCAGCUGGGGCGUUGUGGGGAGCAGGACACUGGCUGUCUGUGUGGGGGCUGACCCCAUCCUGGCACACACAGGGCAGGGGUGCCCCUCACUCCUGCCCCGGCUCAGGGCAAGUCACGGAGUCCCAGCCAAAGGGGGCAGGUUUAACCAGAACGGGCCGCGCAGAACCUCCAGCACCUUCGAGCCCAGGCCAGGAGGAAAGAACCCAGGAGUCCUGGCUCCCAGCCCCCCCGCUCUGAGCUCUCUGUGGCAGGAGGUCACUGAGUCCCAGGACCCCCUCGAUCCCAGCGUCACCAUGAGCCCUGUCGCCUCGAGCCGGCUGCUGGCGGGAGCGAUCCUGGUCCUGGCGCUGGGGGACCCCACGGCCGCCUGCAGCUGCGCCCCCCAGCACCCCCAGACGGCGUUCUGCGAGGCUGACGUCGUGAUUCGGGGCAGGUUCGUGGGGGUCACUCCGCUGAGCCACAACAACAGCCGUGGGGAAUCCGUGCCGUGGGUUCGCCACGAGAUCAAAACCACCAAGAUCUACAAAGGGUUCGAGCCGCCGAAGAACGUUCACUUCGUAGAAACCCCGGCCCUGGAGAGCGUCUGUGGGUACCAGCCCCCGGCCUCCCUGAAGGGGGAGGAGUACCUCAUCAUGGCCGUGCGGCAGGGUGAGCGCCUGACGGUCUCCACCUGCUCCUUCGUGCGCCCCUGGAGCCGCGUCCCCCCCAGCCAGCGCCGCGGGAUCAGCCAGGCCUACGGAGGGGGCUGCGCCUGCCAGGUGGUGCCGUGUAACUCCAUGCCCUGCGCGCUGUCGGGCGACGCCCAGUGCCUCUGGACCGACGGGCUGCUGGACCGGAGCUGGCAGGGGCCCCAGGCCCAGCGUCUGGCCUGCCUGCCCCGCCCCAGCCAGGGGGCGCCCCCCGGGGCCGACCCCUUCUGCACCUGGGAGACCCUCAAGAGCAGCCUCGCCGGGGCCCUGCUCAAGGCAGCCCAGAGCCGAGGGCAGUGACCCCCCCUCACCGUGGACUGGGAUGUGUGACCCCCCCCCGCAGAGGCAGGACCAGGGGUCUUCCCGGAGUGCUCUGCACUGGGGGGUGGGGCAAAAGGGGGGGUCAACGCUCUCCCUGAUCUCUGUGCCACCCCUAUCCCCCCGCCAAGCUUGGACUCUGUUAAAAUUGGUUUCCUGAGUUUUUGAUUCGUAAAUAAAGAAAUCGCUGGGACUCA